AUGUCUGCCGAAGAACAAGUCAAGCUCAGCAACUUCUCCGACAUCUUCUCCGUCGAGGGGAAAGUCGCCGUCGUAACAGGCGGAUCCCGAGGCCUAGGACUACACGCAGCCUCAGGCCUCCUCCAAGCCGGCUGCUCAAAAGUAUACAUCACCUCCCGCAAGAAGGCAGCAUGCGAUGAAGCCGUCGCAGCACUAAAUGCCCUGCCAAACAAGCGGCCCGGCGCACAAGCCAUCUCCGUCCCAGCCGACAGCGCAAAGAUGGAAGAACUCGACCGGCUUGUCGCCGAGGUGAGCAAGACAACUGACCACGUCGACAUCCUAUUCGCGAACGCGGGCGCAACAUGGGGCGAGAAGUUCGAUACGCACCCGGAGAAGAUGUUUUCCAAGGUGAUGGACUUGAAUGUGAAGAGUGUCUUCUACACGAUCCAGAAAUUCACACCCCUCCUCACAAAAAAAGCAACCCUCCAGAACCCAUCGCGCGUAAUAAUCACAGCUUCAGUAGCAGGCAUCGGCAUCGGCACCGUAGGCGAAAAUGCCACACCAUCCUACUCAGCUUCAAAGGCCGCAGCAAUCCACAUAGCAAAGAACCUAGCCGUGGAACUGGGACCACGUCAUGUCUUGACGAACGCUAUCGCCCCUGGAUUUUACCCGUCCAAGAUGGCCAGCGGACUCAUUGAGGCGAAGGGGGGUAUGAAGGAGAUGGAGAAUUAUUCGCCUAAUGGACGGCUUGGAAAACCAGAGGAUAUUGCUGGUUUGGUUGUCUUCCUCAGUUCGCGCGCGUCGAGUCAUUUGAAUGGGGCUGUUAUUACUACGGAUGGUGGUGCUGUUCUUAAGGGGAGGCUCUAG